GCGGCGAUUCAAGCUCAAGCAACGAACAAAUGACUCGUUGACUACGACCUCAGCUGGAAUCCCGAAGAGUCGAGUUCGCUCUACAUAAUUGCUGACCGCGUUCGGCGUGUCAGCGGUGCCAGAACUACGAUUUCCGUGCCAUCAGAUGCCCUUUUUCCCUCUGAAGACGCUCCGCGCGAAGAUGUCCUCCGUGAAGGACGCGAACGGCGAGGAAACGCCGAUCGACUGGAACGAUCCGUACCAGCGGGUGAAAUUCUUCUACGAGUACAACUCGCCGGAGGCGGACAAGUGCAUCGACUCGCUCUGGCGCCCGCACCUGAAGCUCGUCAGCGUGACCGUCGACGCCAAGGACCCGACGCUGUGCAAGACCGUGUUCGCCUUCACCGUGCCGCCCAUCCUGUCCAACGCGGGCGGCAACUUGCACGGCGGCGCCGUGGCGGUCAUCUUCGACGUGUGCACGAGCAUGACGGUCGCCGCCGCCGCCCGCGACGGCUUCUGGGACUCCGGACACGUGAGCAGGAGUCUGAACUGCCAGUACCUGCGGCCGGUGCCGACGGGCGGCAAGGUCCUGAUCGAGAGCGAGGUCGUGGCCAUGGGGAAGAUGCUGGGCCAGGUCCGAGCGGAGAUGAGGCGGGAAGAGGACGGGAAGGUGUGCUACACGUGCGUGCACGACAAGGUGCAGCUUGGGAACAGGGAGAAACUGUAACGGGGGCCAAGGAGGACAAGAGCUCGUUUUGUAUGCGUGCGAGCGCGAAGCGUGCGGCCGUCUCUCUGUCGAUAGCCGCCCGUUUCACGUUGGAGCGGCAAAGGUUAGAACCUGAAUAGCGUCGGUGAAGUAGACGAAUGAAUUCUAGAGAACGUCUCGCGCGCGCGCGCGCCUUGCGCCGCAGAUGUACUGUUAAACGGCUGCGGCGACCCAUUUUGGCUCACUAC